ACCCUGCCAGCUGUAGCUUGACUGGAGGGUUUCUCCACUUGGUGUGGCAUUCACAUCCCAAAGCUCAUGCGGUAACAUCCAGCAUCGCUUGACUUCCCCUGCACACUGGCCUGACUCCAGGGAUUUCAAGUAGACAGGGCGGACAGACAGAGAGAGAGAGAGAGCAUAUAUGCUGGAGAGAGCUAAGUUAAUUUUGAAAUAGGAGGGGAAAAGAAAAGAGGUCCAGAGAAGAGAAGAAAGGGAGAAGCAGGUGAGAAAGUAAAGUGUUGAAGACAAGUUGAUUAGCUGACUGUACACAACAAAUCCAUUGAUAUGGCAACCAUGGAAGCAUUGGAAUCCACAAGCACCCAGCUGGAGCCUCACACCCUCACUGAGAUCUCAGACGAUGAGGUCAACCUGCCGCCCUCGGACGACGAAGACGAUGCCUUCACCGCAGCCAAGAAAGAGCUGUCCACCAUGGGCACGGAGGGCGACGCCGCCGAAGACGAGGACGAGGCGGAAAAGCCGGACCAGCAGGUGAAUGGGGUCAUGGUGCUGACUUUGCUUGACAAGAUCAUCGGGGCGGUGGACCAGAUCCAGCAGACCCAGAGCGGGCUGGAGGCCCGGCAGCAGGACAUGGAGCGUUCGGUGAACAGCAUUCAGGGCGAGCUCACCAAACUGUCCAAGAGCCACAGCACCACGUCCAACAGCGUCAACAAGAUGAUGGAGAAGGUGCGCAAGGUGAGCGUCAACGUCAAGACAGUGCGGGCCACCCUGGAGAAGCAAGGAGGCCAGAUCAAGAAGCUGGAGAACAACGAGGCGGAGCUGCUCAAGAGACGCAACUUUAAAGUCAUGAUCUACCAGGAUGAAGUGAAGGUUCCCUCAAAACUCAACAUCUCUAAAUCCAUGAAGGUUUCGGAGUCUGUGUCGGGAAGCAGAGGGGGCAGCCUGCUCGAGCUCAAGGAAACUGUGGAAGAGGAGGAGGGAGGAGAAGGAGAGAAGGCAGACAGGCCCCACAUAGACCUCUCAUCGGAUGAGGAGGGGGUGGAGAUCGAGGAAACCAUUGAGGAGUCCCGAGCAGAGCGCAUCAAGCGCAGCAGUCUGCAGCGUGUGCAAACCCUGAAGACAGUCUUUUCAAAGGAGAAGAUAGACAAGACCAGAGCAAAGACCAAAGAGAAACUGGAAAAGACCAAACAAAAGACCAAGGACAACCUGGAGAAGACAAAGCAGAAGACAAAGGACAACCUGGAGAAAACCAGGCAGAAAACCAAGGAUAACUUGGAGAAGACAAGACAGAAGACCAAGGAUAACCUUGAGAAGACGCGUCACAACAUUGAGAUGAAGAUGGGCAAGCUUGGAACACAAAUGAGUGUCAAUCCUGAGCGCAAGCAGAAGAUGCAGACGUCCCGUGACAAGGUGAAGAAGGCCUUCACGCCAGACCAUGUCGUUUAUGCCCGGUCCCAGACUGCAGUGUACAAGGUGCCCCCCUUCACCUUCCACGUCAAGAAGAUCCGCGAGGGCAUGACCGAGGUGGUCCAAGGCACCGAGAUGGUGGAGGUGUCCCAAGACCUGGAUCCUUUCGGGGGAGUGGAUGGGGAGACCGAGGAGGGCGCGGUGGAAGUUGAGAUGGAGAUGAUGAAUGGAGGCGGGGAUGAGGACGAGGCUGAUGAGGAGGAAGAGGAGGACAACGAAGAUGCUCUGCAGGAGAAUGAAGACAAAGAUAGAGACAGCGACUAGAUAAAGAGUCAGGAAUUUGCCAAGAUCCCAACAUAAAUCCUGAAGUUCUUUUGUAAAAGGAAAAAAAGGAAUUCAUUGGGGGAAAUGGGAAGAUUGCUUGAGAAUAAUUACAGUUGAUAACUUGGGUCUAACUCUUUUUAUAUAUAUAUAUAAUUUCGGUCAUUAUUCCUAUUAGUUACUAUAACUUUGUACUAACAAGUUAUUGCUGAGAUCUGGGAAAACAGCAUCAUUGAGUGUGACGGUCAGACAAGUGGUUAACAAGCCAACACGCUGUCCACAUUAUCUACACCACUUUCUUUGAAGGUAAAAUGUAAAGGGCGCACCCAGAACCUGUCAGUAACAAUCCUUCUGCAUACAGGCACAGUAUUGUAGGUCACAUAAGUUUGGCAAACCUAUGGGUUCGUUCCCAUCCUGUCUGAUCGUCAAUAGCACCGCGUGCUAUAGGUAAAGCUGCCGCAUGUUUACCCAGAACGGACGAACACAACACUGGCUCUAGCAAUGGUAGUAGCAGCCAUUUCUACGGCUUAGACAGUCUAGUUUCAAUGAAAGAUCAUCUUUCCAGCGGUGAAAUACUUUAAGUAUUUUUACGUUACCGCCACAGCUCUCCGACACGUUUGAUAAAGGAGGAGUUAGUGGUCAGGAUGCAAUCUGCAACCUGACCACUAGAUGCCACUAAAUCCCACAAACUGCUCUUUUAAGUGCCCAAAACAUGACCAGAGGGCAAAGCCAGGGUGAGGUAGUGUUCCAGCUUAUGCAAACGGUACAGCAUGCCAACAGAACCUGACCAUCGGUUACGAUAUUCCCAGAUCUCAGCAGUUACUUUGGUCAAGACAAUGUCAUUAUUACCAAUAACAAU